GAGCACAAAGCAUAGAUCCCUUGGCCUCUUGCACGUACUCCAACAUCACCACCUCUUGUCUAUCUCUCUCUGUGUAUUAGCCAUGGCAUCGCGCCUGCUUCUCGUGCUGGGAAUGAUGCUGCUGAUGGUGUCCCUUGCGCGGGUUUCAUGGGAGCUGGAGAUCUUGGAAGGGCAAAUGGAGGAAGACGAAGACCACCAUGCCGUGGCAGUGAAGGACGGGAACAGAAAGCUGAUGCAGAACAUAGAUUGCGGAGGGCUGUGCGAGGGAAGAUGCAGCGUGCAUUCAAGGCCGAACCUGUGCAAGAGGGCGUGCGGGACGUGCUGCGUGAGGUGUAAGUGCGUGCCGCCGGGAACUUCCGGCAACAGGGAGCUUUGCGGCACUUGUUAUACCGAUAUGACCACCCACCGCAACAGGACCAAGUGUCCUUGAUUUCCCUUUACGCUUCCUCUUUCUCUUUUCUUCUCUGUACAUUUCUCUGCCACUGUUCUUACUGUCUUUUAUCCAUGUCUCUCGUAACUUCUUA